AUCAUCAUUUCCGCUCACUGCAGGCUCAACAGGAAGUGAGCUACCAGAGUGAAAGUGAGUGGAAACUAGUCAAAAUAAAGGCCAACGACACCGUCUCGAGUUUUUGUUUAUCAGGAUGGACGGGGUACAGACUCCUUUGCGGUGUUUUCGGGAGUGUCAUUCCGCUGAAAUGUUCGCGGACGACGGGUUGGGAACCGUUACUUCACGGGAGCAGAAAAGGGUGGAACGUAGCAUUGAAGAAGUCAUCAACGUUUACAAGCAAAUCCACAGCAUACCACAGCCAACCUUGUUGCGGGAACAACACUACCAGUAUCUCAAAAAGGGCUUGCGGCAUUUGUCAGACUCUUACGAGUGUCUGGAUGCAAGCAGACCGUGGCUUUGCUUCUGGAUUCUUCACAGUCUGGAGUUACUCGAUGAGCCUGUUCCUGCUGCUGUGGCCUCAGAUGUGUGUCAGUUCCUGGCUAGAUGUCAGAGUCCAACAGGGGGUUUCGCUGGCGGACCCUCACAGCACGCUCACCUAGCACCCACCUACGCCGCCGUCAACGCCCUCUGCAUCAUCGGCACAGAGGAAGCUUACAACGUCAUUGAUAGGGAGAAGUUGUUAGAUUUCCUCUGGUCAGUCAAGCAGCCAGAUGGCUCUUUUGUGAUGCACGUGGGAGGGGAGGUGGACGUCAGGAGUGUGUAUUGCGCAGCCUCCGUAGCAUCGCUAACCAACAUCAUCACGCCCAAACUCUUCGAAGACACCACUAACUGGGUCCUGAGCUGUCAGAACUGGGAAGGCGGCCUCAGCGGGGUGCCGGGUCUGGAGGCCCAUGGCGGAUAUACCUUCUGUGGCACCGCCGCUCUGGUCAUCCUGGGAAAAGAACACAUGCUGGAUCUCAAAGCCUUACUGAGGUGGGUUGUCAACAGACAGAUGCGUUUCGAAGGGGGAUUCCAAGGCCGCUGCAACAAACUGGUUGAUGGCUGCUACUCGUACUGGCAGGCCGGACUUUUGCCACUCAUCCAUCGGGCCUUCUUCAAAGAAGGGGAGUCGGCGCUGAGUCGACACAGGUGGAUGUUCGAGCAGGAAGCCUUGCAGGAGUACAUCCUCCUCUGCUGCCAGAACCCAACCGGGGGGCUACUAGAUAAGCCUGGCAAAUCCAGAGACUUUUACCACACGUGCUACUGCCUGAGCGGUCUUUCCAUAGCACAGCAUUUUGGGAACACGGACAGCUAUCACGAAAGUGUCCUCGGCAAGGAGCAGAACAGAUUGGCUCCAACUCAUCCCGUCUACAACAUCUGCCCAGAGAAGGUGGCUCAGGCCCUGCAGUACUUUCACCGGCUGCCCGUCCCGGUGAAAAACUCCUCGGCUGACCAUCAGUCCUAGUUUAUAGUCCCUCGGUGGUGAGGAAAACCAAGACUGGAAGCAGCAAAAAUGAUUUUUUUUUUUGCUCUCGAUACCUUUUUGUCACCAUCCUGAAAUGAAAAUGUUUCAGUAUGUCUGCAGGGUUCAUAAUAAAUCUUUGUAUUACACCAAACUCUCUCUGAUUCCCUGAACAUCUCCCCACAACUAAAUAAUCCAAAGAGCGUUAAAGGAUAAAAUAGUUUAUUUUAUAGUCUCGUAUUAAAGGUAGGCCUCAACUUGCAAGACAAUUGUUGGCAGUAUGUACAACAUACUUGUAAUUUCCAUGGAAUGGAAUCAGACAAAGACCCGGUACACUAAUCAUAUUCUGAAUGGAAAGAAAAUGGAAAUGAUGUACAGACACAUUCUUCCCAGACACUCAAAAAAGCCUUUUUUUUUUUGUUUGUUUUAAAUUUUCUUGGGGAAGGUUUCAGCAACACGGAUUUUGGAACUUUGUAAAGCACAACACAUCAACAAGGGAGUGGGGCUUCAUUGGCUUCCUGGGACUGCAAACGACAGGAGCUACUUUGGAACAUUUCGGUUGAAGUGAUAUCUUCCGUGACCUGUGAGAUGACUACAAAAUGCGUAACAUACAUUUGAGCUUGAAAACAU